AAAAUUACAUUUUUUAUAAGUAUAAAAGUAAAUAUUUAAUUUUUUUAUAAAAAUAUUCAAAAAAAGAAAAUAUAUUAUAAUUUAAUGGAUAAUCAGUCUUAAUUUUCAAAUCUUUAAAAGCUUAGCGAGUCAUAUCACUCACCUUUAAGGUAAUAUAAUUAGGUUGAUGAUUUCUCUGCUAGUGAAAUGCAUUAAGAAAUGUCAUAAAAUACUAAUUCAAUUUCUCCUAAAAAGCUAUCAUCACUUUCAUACCCUAUAUAAACAUUUGAUACAAUGAAGAGAUUUAACACAUAUAAAGCUUAAGUAGAAAAAAGGAAAAAUGAAUCAUUGAACAGCUCUAGAUUUUAAGAGUUAUAUGAAGAUGGUUAAAAAAUUUAAAAGAAGAGAGAGGAGUAAAUUAGAAAGAAGUAAGAAGAAGAAUAGAAUUAUAAAGACCCUGAAUGUACAUUUAAGCCUAAAAUAAAAAAAUAUAAUACUUAAUCUGCUGAUUAGGAUAAAAAAACAAUAUUUGAUAAAAAUCAAGAGUGGAAAUAAAAAGUAGAAGAUAAAAUGUAAACAAAAUACGAGAAUUUAACUGAUAAAGAUCUCAAAGAAUGCACAUUUCACCCUAAUAUUGAUUAAGAUUGGAAAAAUAAAUUUGAGGAACCUCUUUCUGAUUUUAAUUCGAAAGGUAUUCCAUAAUUUUUAAAGAGAUAAGUUAUUGCUAGAAAAAUGAAAGAAUAUAAAGACUUUAUUAUGAAUUAUCCUCAUAGAAAGCAUGAAAUGAAAAACAAUACCUUUACUGUUCCCAAUGAACCUGUUCUGGGAAUAUGUGAAAAUCAUAUUAAAUCUUUAGACAGACCACUUAUACCAGAACAUUUAUUUGACAGUUUUGAGCAAUAGCUGCACCCUAGAUAAUAUCGUUCAUCCCUCUCAGAUAGUAAGCAUAACAAACAAGAUCAACCAUUAAAUUAAACUUACAGAAAAAUGAUUGAUAACUAAAUUCAGAUUGAUCCUAAAUCUAAUUUCUAAGAUGCAUUAAAAUAAUUACAUGAAGCCUUACAUAAUAUUGAAAUUUGA